ACUAUUCUCAUCACAAGUCGCAACGCUUCAUCGGAAAUGCCUGGAUAUUUCAUAACAAUCUCUCUAAUUGUUGAUGUUUUGAUUAGUCAUGAAGAAACGGAGCGGACUCCUGAUGAAAUAGUCGUGCCAAGGUCUCCAAGGCAUGGAGGGAAUAUAGAAAGAUCUAUAUAUCUAGAUCCUUCUUUAGGGAUGACCAUUAGUGAUGCUCGGGCAUACCUUCAGCAAGUGAAAAAUACGUUUAUUGAUCAUGAUGAAAGGGACAAAUAUGCUAUGUUCCGUAAGGUUUUGUUCGAUUUUAAGGCACAACGGAUUGAUCGUUCUAUAUUGUAUGCACGAUUGAAGAAGUUGUUUAAGAAGCACAAACAUUUGAUUAUCGGCUUUAACACCUUUUUGUCACUUGGAGAUAAGAUAUUUCUUCAUGGUGACGCAGAAGCCUCUACUAGCUCCACCGCAUAAGACUAUUGAAAUUUCCUAUCAUGGUCAUGACACCAAUGAUACCAUCAAAAUCUCUAAACUAAUCUCUAUGUUCAGUUUUUGGUGGUUUAUUAUCAAAUAUGUUUCUUUGUAAUCCAUGCAUGAGGGAACGUU